AUGGUAGAUGUGAAGACAAAACCAUUUUCCGAUGAAAAACGAUGGAUUGUAAUUUACCCGACAUAUCUCGACAGUAAAAAGACAACACUACAAGGACGGAAGAUCCCUAAAAACCUCGCAGUCGAGAAUCCAAAAUCUGCUGAAAUUUUCGAUGUCUUGGCGGCCACUGGACUGAACCCAGUGCUUGAUCGAGGAAAGCUGCAUCCUCGCGAACAAGAUCGAGAACCGGAAAAUCGAGGUCGAGUUCGAGUGCAGUUGAAAAACGAUGACGGGACCCCGAAAAACAAAGACUAUCCAACCCGUAAGUGGUCUGCUUUUUCUGUUAUUCCUUUUGCGUAAGU